AACCAUCUCGCGAGAGGACGGCAUUUUACGUCGGCUCAAAAAAAAAUUUUGCUCUAAGGUAGAAAGAAAUUUCAAAGGUGUUGUGGAUAUCAAAGAGACAAAAAGGACACAUUAGGACAUCAGAAAGAAAACAGAAAGAGAAUUUCACAGCAAAAGUUGAUACUUGUUUCUCUAACAUGGCACUGUAAAUGUGCCAAUUGUGAGGAACUGCUGUGAUUAUUUGAAGUCAUGAAUUCUCAAGAGCCCCAUCAAACAAGGAGCCAGGAUACCCAUCCCAUAACAGGGGACGAUUCUUUUGGAAGUAAUGAGAUUGCUUUUCUGGUGGGAGAAGAUGGACAGCUGCAUUCCCUUCAAGAUGAGACCCAUAAAGAUUGGAAUCCUGAGAACAGACUCGUACAGAAAAAUGGGAUCCAAAGUAAUAGAAAUGAAUGUCACAUCCUUACAACAACUAACUCAUGUCAGCAGCAUUAUCAGAAUAAUGAUUUGCAGCAGAACUCAGAUGACAUGGUUUGUAACAUUUGUGGUAAAAAGUACAAGUAUAUGUCUAGCUUCUGGAAGCACAGAAGAGAUCAUGAAACAAAAGGAGAAUUUGUUGCUGCUUUCAGCUCUAUCCCUAAUGCUGCUAGUAAAAGUAUCAGAGGAAUGCUGUUUUCUUCUGCUCCCAGUAUAAAAGCUUUGAUUUCACAGAAACUCUUUGAUAGAUCUGGCAAAUUAUGUCCUCAAAGUGAAAUUAAUCCAGAGUCAGAAUUCAAGCCAAUUAUGAUGAAGAUGGAAAAAGCUAGUCCUGCCAACUAUCAUCUGCAACAGUUUGAUUUCUGCUCAUACAGAAAUCAGUCUCUUUCAGAUUCAUGGCAAGAGAAAUUUCACAACAAAGGAUGCAGUUCUGUGGCCAUCAGGCCAUCAGUUCUAAAGACAGAGGAAGCUGUUCCCUAUUGUAUAAUGGGAAAAGUAAGCCCUCCUUCAAAUUUCAACAUCACCUCAAGAGAUCACCUCCCUGCAUUCCAAUGCAGACCACUUCCAGAUUACUUUUUCUCGUGUGAUAUUUGUGGGAAGAAAUACAAAUACAAGUCCAGUUUCUUGAAGCACAUCGAAGACCAUAAAAACUUUGGUUAG